UGUCAUGGUGAUCUGUAGGGCUAGCGUUCUGGUCCAGUUUUAUGGCUCAUUUUUUUUUUUUUUUAUAUCUAACGACCCAUUAUAAACUAAAGAAAAACAUUAACAGUAGCAUUUUUAAAGGAUUUGUUUUUGUAAGACAUUAUCUGUGACUGGUUUCGUAGAUUUACCUAGAGCAGUCUCUGCACGAGUUUAACUCUAGGUUUUUAUUUUUACACAAAUACAUGCGUGUAUGUUUCACAGCAACAUUGUAAGUUGCACGCUCAAACUGAAUGGAAUGUUCCACUUAGGUCGUUACGCGUGACUGGGGGAGUGAAUUUUGGCACUACCUAUUAAUAGAAUGGGAUACCCCAUUAAUCUGCAAGAUAAGUGUUCGCCCAGUCUGUGAAACUGAUUAGUUUGCGAAAAAUGGCGGCGGGGAGAGUGACUCUCCUUAUUGUGCCGGUUUUAAUACUUUACAUGAAACUUAUUAAUGGGGAAGUUUUAACCCCUCCGUACUUUAACCUCGCCCAAGAGAGGCGGAUCUAUGCCAGUUCCACAUGCGGGGUGGACGUUAUUGGAGAGGAGUUAUUUUGUCGUCUGACUGGAGCCAGCUCAGAGAAUGGAUUCGGGGAUCGCUACAAAGAAAUUAUCCAGGGACAGUAUUGUGACGUAUGUAACCCUGGCAUUGCCGAAAAACGCCACCCUCCCGAGUACGCCAUCGACGGAACAGAGAGGUGGUGGCAGAGCCCGCCCCUGUCCCGGGGGAUGGAGUACAAUCAAGUCAACCUCACCAUCGACCUCGGACAGGAAUUCCAUGUUGCCUAUGUUUUCAUCAAGAUGGCCAAUUCGCCCCGCCCCGGGGUGUGGGCUCUGGAGAGAUCUACUGACUUUGGACAGUCGUGGCGCCCCUGGCAGUACUUUGCCGACACGCCCAGCGACUGCAUGAAGUUUUUUGGGGAACCUGCUGAUCAGGAUAUUUUUGCUGACAAUGCUGUCAUCUGCUCCACAGAGUUCUCCAAAAUUGUACCCCUGGAAAAUGGAGAGAUUGUGGUGUCCUUAGUGAAUAACCGUCCUAGUGCACAGAACUUCACGUACGCCUCUGACCUUCAGCAGUGGACCAAGGCCACAAAUGUUCGACUCAAACUUCUUAGAACUAAAACACUUCUGGGUCAUCUGAUGGCUGUGGCCAGGCAGGAUCCAACAGUCACUCGCAGGUACUUCUACAGUGUCAAAGAUAUUUCCAUUGGAGGUCGAUGUGUGUGUAAUGGUCAUGCCAACACCUGUGACAGAAGUGACUCCAGUAACCCUAACCUGCUGGUGUGUACCUGCCAACACAACACAUGUGGGAACCAGUGUGAAUACUGUUGUCCAGGGUUUGUACAGAAGAAAUGGAAGCCCGCCCGCGCAGACAAAAUCUUCAUGUGUGAACCCUGCGAGUGUUACGGUCAUGCCACGGAGUGCAUUUAUGAUGAGGAAGUAGACCGCCUUGGCCUCAGUGUGGAUAAAUAUGGUAACUAUGAAGGAGGCGGAGUUUGCCAGAACUGUCAGCAUAACACGUAUGGCGUGAAUUGUGACAAGUGUGUGGCUGGUUACUACAGGCCCUAUGGAGUCGCAAAGAAUGAGACAAACGCAUGUAGAACCUGUGUGUGUGACCUGAAUGUGUCCACGGGGGAGUGUGAGGAAGGGUCUGGAAGAUGCCUGUGUCGUCCCGAGUACACUGGGGAGAAUUGUGAUCGUUGUGCCCCAGGAUAUGAGGGUUACCCAACUUGUAUUCCCUGCCAGUGUCACAUGAACGGUACAGAGGGCGCUGUCUGUUCCCUGAAUGGUCUCCCUUGUCCUUGCAAGGAGAAUUAUGUCGGAAGACGCUGUGACAUGUGUGAAUCGGGUUUUUACAACUUCCCAGACUGCAUUCCCUGUCAAUGUGAGACAAGCAAUGGAGGAUCUGUGGACAACAACUGUGACGUGGAGACUGGCCAAUGUCCUUGUCAGUCCAACUUCGCUGGCAAGGAGUGUAACCAGUGUGCUCAUGGCUACUUCAAUUACCCAGCAUGCACCUUGUGUGAUUGUGACCCCACCGGGACGUCCGAGGAGAUCUGUGACAAACUUACUGGUCAGUGUUUGUGUAAAGAGAACUUCCAGUUCCCCCGCUGUGACCGCUGUGCUGCAGGAUACUACAGUUACCCCACAUGUCAAGAGUGUCAAUGUGCUGAACCGGGUUCCAUACAGAAAGUGUGUCGAGAGGACGGUCAGUGCCCAUGUCGUCCGAACUAUGGAGGACGGACUUGUAACAGGUGUCAUCCAGGCUUCUACAGAUACCCGGACUGUUCACCCUGUAACUGUGAUCGGUAUGGUUCGUUCGGUGAGUCAUGUGACCAGUUGUCGGGUCAGUGUCAGUGCUUGUCCACGUUUGAUGGUGUGAGCUGUAACAAGUGUAAGGAGGGCUUCUACAACUACCCCAUGUGUGAAGAUUGUAAUUGUAACCCUGAUGGAGCCAAGGAGAUUCCGGGGUAUCCCCUUGGGGGCUGUGGGGAGGUCAUCAAGGGUCAGCUGUGUGAAUGUAAGGAGCGUGUGUUGGGGAGGAUAUGUGACCAGUGUAUGCCGGGCUACUACAACCUGGACAGAAAUAACCCCCUCGGAUGUGAGGAAUGUUCCUGCUAUGCCCCUGGUACAGUGGCUGGUCUGAACAUGUGUAACUCAGGUACUGGUCAGUGUUCCUGUAAACUGGACGUUGUUGGCCGUCGGUGCGACACCUGUGCCAGCGGAUUUUAUGGACUCUCAGAAGCCAAUCCAUUUGGCUGUACAGAAUGUGACUGUGACAGUGGAGGAUCCAUUAAUUUGAGGUGUGAGCAGAGAACGGGACAGUGUCUGUGUAAGCCUCGUGUCGGGGGGCGUAGAUGUGACAUACCAGUGAGGAACCACUUUUACCCCACCCUUCAGCAAUUCAAGUAUGAGAUAGAAGACGGUCAAACACCAGAGGGCUCCAGGAUCAGAUACGGAUUCGAUGAGACAUAUUUUCCAAACUUUUCCUGGAGAGGCUAUGCCAUUUUGACAGCAAUUCAGCCUGAAGUGGAGAUGGACAUAGAGAUUAAGAAGCCCAGUCUCUACCGCCUGAUUUAUCGCUAUGUCAAUGUCAAUGACAAGGUGCUACGUGGACAAGUGAUGUUGAAACCCCAGAACCCCACUGAUGUCACACAGAACAGCGAAGUUUUCUUUCAAAUUGCCAAUGAGCCAAUGUUUGUGACUGUUGGCAGUGGACGUGAUUAUGAGUUUGUCCUGAAUCCGGGUCGCUGGAAGGUUUCCAUCAGCUCUCCCGAUAUCUUGCUCCUUGACUACAUGGUGUUGGUACCAGAUGCGUACUAUGAGGCAACAGUCCUACAGGAGAAAGUCACUCGACCGUGCGGUAUACCAGGGGACCAGGGGCCAUGUGUGGUUUAUGAGUACCCAGACCUACAGAAAUUCCCCACUGUGACUGGAGAGAACGGGUUUGUGAUCGAUCGUAAUGGCAGCCAGAUACCUACUCAGGUGUUUCCCAAUCAGAUCGUUCUUGAUGAACUAGGAAUUCCUACCCUGGCCCAGAUUGACAAUGCCCAGAGAGAUCUGAACCUUAACCUGCGUGUGCCACGGCCAGGAGAUUAUGUACUGGUGUUUAACUACUUUGCCUUGUCUAAUAGAACCCAGGAGUUGGACGUCUCAGCCAAUGUUGAUGGCCAAAGUACCACGGGUACCGUCCUGCUGUACAGCUGUCAGUAUAGUGUGCUGUGUAGACAGGUGAUGAAGAACAUUGACGACAUGCCGUCUGUCAUCACAAUCAAUGAUACCGUACAGAUUCAAGUCACCGGGGAUGAAACUGUGGACGUCGCCAUUGGCUCGGUGGUAGCCAUCCCAUAUGAUGAAUGGUCCCUCGGGUACAUCAGACCCAGCAUCAUCUGUAUCCGGAUCAAUGGAAUUUGUGUGACCUCAGGAUACACCAUCCCCUCCAGUGGACUGAGAAUUGAUUUUGAGGACCCCCCAAAUGCCGAUCUGAUGGUUACAACAUUGCCCAAUUACAUAAAAGAAACAGGGCUCAUAGAACUUAACAGCACUAAUAGAUUUGUGGAGCUGAGGGGAAACAUCAAAAAUCCAGGACAGUAUGUGAUCUUGGUUCACUUUUACAUGCCGACCGAUGCAGGCGCUGACCUUCCUGUGACCUUGCACACAGAAGGAUUUCCUCCAAUCACAGGCACUUUUAAGCCUCGUUUUUGCCCCAGUGUUACCGGCUGUCGUAGUCAAAUCGUGUUUGAUGGAACGCUGAGGAAUGUGAUCUCGCUUCAGCCUGGGAACUUUACGAUCAUGUUCAACAACACAAUGGGACGAAAUAUUUUGCUGGAUUACCUGAUGGUUGUGCCUAUCCAGCAGUUCUCCCCAUCAGAUUUGAACUUGCAACCUAUCGACAACUCUGCCAAGUUUUUACAAUCGUGCAUUGGACCAGGGUUUCUUCUUGUAAAUAACACGGAGUUCUGUCGCUCGGGUAUCUACACCUUAACCACGGAUUUUAACAAUGGGGGUCUCGCCUGUGACUGUGACACGGAUGGCUCUCUCAGCUUCGAGUGUUCUGACUUUGGAGGACAGUGUCAAUGUAGAGAAAACGUGAUUGGCCAGCGGUGUACACAGUGUCGAGAGGGAUAUUAUGGGUUUCCCCGCUGUAAACCCUGUAAUUGUCCCUAUGGAAUGUGCAGCCCAGUGACAGGAGAGUGCAUGUGCCCCCCGCGUGUGACGGGAGAGAGAUGUGAUGCUUGUGUAUCUGCUACUUAUGGUUUUGAUCCAUUGGUUGGAUGUACGGACUGUAAAUGUAACGCUGAGGGUGUUCUGAAUCGGGACAUGAACUGUGACCAGACCACUGGACAUUGCACGUGUAAGGACAAUGUCGGGGGACGCAAGUGUGACUACUGUUUAGCGGGGUUCUACUCCUUCCCAUACUGUGCUGAAUGCAGCAACUGUAACAGUCAGGGUACACUGGAGCAGAUCUGUGACACGGGAAAUGGGGCCUGUCUCUGUAAGGAAAAUGUUGCAGCCCCUAAUUGUGAAACCUGUGAGUCUGGGAGUUUUUAUCUGGAUCCCAGGAACCCUAAAGGCUGUACCAAGUGUUUCUGUUUCGGAACAACUUCAAGGUGUAGCAGCUCCCCACUAGUGUGGACACAACAAAAGGACAUGCUGGGAUGGGACGUUACAAACACAGUCGAGGGCUCCCUGAGAGAAUCCGAGACCAUCAUAGCUGUCCUGGAAUCAGACACCAAAAUCACAGACCCCAACCAGCCCAUGUACUGGAUAGUCUCGGAUUCCUACCUCGGAGAUCAGGUGAAAUCCUACGGGGGUAAGAUGAGAUUUGAGGUGUACUAUGUGACUCCCAGAGGAAAUGAAACGAGGGAACUUCCAAGUGGACCAGAUGUCAUCAUAAAGGGUGGAAACAUGACCUUGUAUCACAGAUAUGGCUCAACACCAUUGGCCACUUCGACCACCCCUGUUGAAAUCACAAUGAACGAGUACAACUUUGUGCGUGCAGAGGAUGGCCUUGGCGUAUCCAGAGAAACCUUUAUGAUGGUCCUUGUGGACAUCACAGCAAUUCACAUCCGAGCCAAUUACUUCACUCCAACCACAGAAGUCAGACUGAUGGACGUUGAGCUUGAUCAGGCAGAACAACAAGUUGAGACGACAACAGGUGUGAAUGGUGAUGAUGAUGGUUCCUGGUUUGGUGGUUGGUUUGGUGAUGGAGAAAAAACAACGACCCCAGCCCCUGUACAACUGGCCAGUAGUGUAGAACAGUGUCAAUGCCCUAUGGGAUAUGUUGGAUCCAGUUGUCAGGACUGUGCCCCAGGGUACUACAGGUCAUCGAAGACGCCAUAUCGAGGAGUGUGUAUCCCAUGUAAUUGUCAUGGUCACUCAGAUGCAUGUGACACUGAGACAGGAGAAUGUCAGAGUUGUAGAGACAACACCAUGGGAAAGCAUUGUGCUGAAUGUUUACCUGGUUACUAUGGUGAUGCUACAACAGGUGUUUGUCAGAUAUGCAGCUGUCCACUGCCUAUACAGAGUAACAACUUUGCCUCUGGGUGUGAUGUCUAUGAUGGCACGGUGUACUCAUGCGAUUGUCUUCCUGGCUACACUGGCUCGAGAUGUGAACGGUGUGCUCCUGGUUACUAUGGUGACCCGACUAUGGAGGGAGAGGAGUGUCGUCCAUGCCAGUGUUCUGGUAACAUCAAUAUGACGGACCCUGAAGCCUGCAGUCUCUCUUCCGGAGAAUGCCUGAAAUGUCUGAACCACACCAUGGGGCCGGGCUGUGCCUACUGUCAAGACUGGUACCAUGGCGAUGCCAUCAACCUCAAAAACUGUCAAGCAUGUACUUGUGAUCAGUGUGGUUCUGUGUCAUGUGACCGUGAAUCAGGAACCUGUCAAUGUCAGCCGAAUGUGGAGGGACCCAACUGUGACAGGUGCAAGCCUGACACCUAUGGAUUUGAUAGCUGUACGGGCUGCCGUGACUGUAAUUGUGGCCUUGCCUCAGCGAGCACUCAGUGCGACCUUGUCACGGGUCAAUGCACCUGCAUGCCAGGCACGGAGAACCGCUAUUGUGACCAGUGUAUCGAGGGAUAUUGGAACUACACAGCCUCUGGAUGUCAAGAGUGUGAAUGUGAGGAGGAUGGAGCCAUUACUUGUGACCGAGUCACAGGAAGAUGUCAGUGUCUACCUGGUGUCGCUGGAGACAGGUGUGACAGGUGUCUACCCAGGUAUAUCCUUGUGGCCAACAGAGGUUGUGAAGCUUGUGACAGCUGCGUCCACAUCCUUCUGGACGAUAUUGAGGCUCUUCAGAGAAAUAUUAGUGACCUGUCCACAACUAUGGAAUCAGUGUCUGUGGGAAUGACUGCCAACAAUCGGCUGGAGGCCAUCAACAAUGCUGCCAUCAAUCUCAGGCCUGAAGUAGAUGCUCUGUUAGCCGGACCACAGAACAUGUCUGUGGAUUGGUUGUCCCAGGCAGUGACUGAUGUGAAGGGCCAGGCAGAGAGUGGCAAACGGAGGUCCGACAGGUUAGUGACACAAGGGCAGUUCUUGACAGAUGAGACUGCACAGCUGGUCAAGGACGCUGAUGAUAUUGAGGUCAAGGUCACCAAUGUCAAACGUGAGGCUGAUGAUGUCGUGCAGUAUGCUGUGAAUAUUCUUAAGCAGAUUUAUGAAGGUAUUAAGAUCACCAACAUUGACACUGCCAUUCAAGACUCUAGACGCAUUCUUGAAAAGAUUAACUCUGCGAAUUUCACCGGCAAUGCUGAAGAGUGCAACACGGAGGAGGGUCUAGUCCGAGAGUUGCUGGCUAGGAUGCGCUUCCUGUUCGCAUCUGGAAAGCUGCAGUCCAACAGUUCUAGUCAGAUUCGGAAGGAAGUGGAAGACAUUAGUAUGCGGCUGUACGACCUUCAGACUAGAGCACGGAAUGCCGACCGAGAGGCAGACAUAGCAGGAGAUCUCAUCAAAGAGCUUAAUGAAGAAACCAUUAGCAGACUGCAGUUGCGACUUGGGGCCCUGGAAAUGUCAGAGAAGGAUACUAAGAUGUUACAUUCGAUGUCUGACAAUCGGUUGAGUGAGGCCCAGGAUGCACUGGACAAAUCGAGGAAUGCAGCCACUGAUGCGGAGACCGUAGCAUCCCAGAUUGAUGCUGCCAUUGUGAGGAUGCGAGACUUUGUUGGAAACCUGAGCAUUGGCCUGGAAGAAGCCGUGAUUAAAACCAAUGAAAGUCAGGAACAUGCUCAGGCUCUGUCAAACCAGGCCGACUUCCUGGAAAACAUCUACACAGACACGAGAGAGAUCUCUGCUAAUGCCCUGAAUGCAGCCAGUGCCUUCCAAGGAAUCGUGGAUGCCAUUGAAGAUGCAAAUAAUGCGUCCAGUGUUGCCCUGGAUGCCGCCAAUGAGGCCUUGGGCAAGUCUAAUGGUGUUGGUGAGAGCUCAGACAACUCAAAGAAAAAUAGUACCUCCCUCCUGCAGGCUGCCAAGGCCCGCUUGGACACAACAGAAGUGGCUAUGGCAGAGAGAUUGCGGGAUGCUAAAGUGAUGACAGAUGACGUGGAGGGAAUGAACAACAAAAUAAGUCAAGGAAUUAAUGAUAUCAACAACCAGCUCCAGGAUCUCGGUAGAAAUGAGUUUGCAAACAGCACUAUGGAUGCCAUUAAUCGGGCAGCGGCAGCUGGGCAGCGGGCAAUGGAUGCCCAGGGAAAAGUGGGCACCAUUUUGAGCAAGCUUCCAGAGGACAAAAACAAGAUAGACAGACUGGCCAACACUGUUACCAAAACUGCUAAGAGUAUCACUGAUGCAACCAGUCAAGGUGACUAUGUGAGGAAGAACUUGCCUGAGGUAGUCACUCAGAUUAAUCUCCUGGGUCAGAAACGAGAGUCAGUCGAAGCUCUCAGAGAGGGAGUGUUUGCCAACCUGAGCCGACUUCGAGAACAGAUCGAGCUUGCCAGGGAUGCAGCCAAUAGGAUCCGUGUUGGUCUGGAGUUUGUUGGAAACACCUCGGUCACUCUUCGUAACCCAGCAAAUAUUGACUCUGCUGGAUCCUACUCCACACUGUCUAUGUACGUACAGACUCGCCAGAAGAGGGCGCUGCUAGCCUAUGUUGGAGGAGAAGCAAUGCCAAACAGAGCCCAACCAGACUACAUGUCUCUGGAGCUGAGGAAUGGAUACCCAGUUCUCCGAUACAAUCUUGGAUCUGGUCCAGCAGAAAUUGUCUCCAAGAGAGAUGUCUCAGAUGGUAACUGGUACCUCAUCAAAGCAAAGAGGAUUGGGAAGUCAGGAGAGUUGGUGGUGGAGGGAGACCCAAACAAAAACCCGACCCCUGACAUAGACACGGGAGAGUCCAGUGGGACUUUCACUGUACUGGCACUGAACCCACAGACCACUAAAUUCUACGUGGGCGGGGUCCCCAGCACCAGUCGAUUGCCCGACUCUGUGGAUUCCACGUACUAUGAGGGAGUGAUGGAGGAGGUUAUGUUUGAUGGUAAACCCCUGGGACUGUGGAACUUCAUAGCAGGAGACAAUAAUUUCAAGGGAGCCAUUGAGAGGGACGUCAUGAAAUCGGUCGUGUCCAAUGGCUUCCGAUUUAAUGGCAAAGGUUACGUCAAGUUAAGUGCCUCAAAAGUGAACUUCAAACCAACCAAGGAGUCAAACAUUGUCCUGCGCUUCAAAACCUAUGCUGAAAAUGGACUCAUCUUCUUCAUGGGCAAGAAUCGCGACUUCAUGUCAGUGGAGAUGAGAGAGGGCAGAGUGUUGUUCCAGUAUGAUUUGGGAGGCAUGCCUGCAAAGCUGAUCACUAACGAAACGUUUAACGAUGGGGAAUGGCACAAAAUUCAGGCUCAGAGACAGGAACGUCUAGGUGCUCUCACCGUGGAUGAUGGAGGUGCCAUCAAGGGCCAGUCUCCCGGGUCCCUGAUAGAACUGAGUUACACUGACGACAUAUUCAUCGGAGGAUACAACAGACUCUUCAUUCCAAUCAAGGAUGUGAGAUCUCAAGGCUUUGAUGGCUGUGUACGAGAUUUGCAGUUUAAUGUCAACAAAUGGGAUCUGAAUAAAAAUGAAGCUGCAAAGGGGGUGGUACGAGGAUGUCCAGAACAGAUUCUCAGAACUGCUACCUUUGACAAAGACAGACGAGGAUUCAUUGCCCAAGAAUUGUCUGCCGGUGUUGGCACCAACUUUGAUGUGACCUUCAGGAUUAAAACUCUAUCUGAUGAUAGUAUGGUCCUUUAUACUUCCAAUAACGAUCAGACCUCUGGAUUCUCGGUGGCCAUUGUUAAAGGUCGUCUGAUUGUGACCUCUGACCCUGGUGGUGACCCCACUGUCCUGGAGAGCACAGUCAACACAUACAAUGAUGGAAAUUGGCACUAUGUCUCCAUCAUGAAAAUGGGACCCAAGUUGAUGAUGAACAUUGAUGACCAGGAAAUGGUCAAUAAGACAGGAAGAUCUGGCACAGCCAUUCUUACAGAGCGUCCUCUAUACAUCGGAGGCACAGAUUUCACCAUGUCAGAAAAGCUUGUGUCGUCGACGUCCCGAUUCUCAGGCUGUGUGUCUGAUUUCACAAUCAAUGGAGCCUUCCUUAACUUUGCCAAAAUUCCAAGACAGAAUGUGAGAGAUGUUGCAUUCAGUGAGUGCCCAAUAGCAGACACGGAGGUUGUUACCACGACAACAGUUCUCCCAACAUUCCCUACAGCUACUGAGGCGGAAUCUACGGAUGCAACAGUGGCUCCGGAGGAGAAAUGUCGACUGCCUCCUGUUGUGGACAUGGCUGCCAUCAGCCCAGGAGACGUAGAAGGCAUUAAGUUUGGUGACACUUUGACCAGUCGCUACCAGUACGUGGGCUGGAAGAGUUUAAGAGUCAAGUUUGGAAUGAUGAUUGAGUUUAAGACAACCAGCAGUGGUGGAAUCAUCCUGUAUGCCACAGACUAUCGUAAGACAGAUUUUGUUGCCCUAAUCAUGAAGGAGGGACGUCUGGUUUUCUCGUUUGACUGUGGCACUGGGGCUCUGAAUCUGGAAACUGACCAGAAGUAUAAUGACGGGAAGUGGCACACCGUGGAGUUUGGUCGAUUCCAAAAGACUGGGAAAAUUUCAGUGGAUGGUGGACCUAGUAAAGAAGGAACAUCUAUUGGUUCGACACAGGCGCUGAAUGUCAGAAGACCAUUCUUUGUGGGUGGAAUAGAUCCAAAGUCACAGUCAAAUGAAAAAGUCAAGAAACAUCUUCAGGGUGUGCUUGGCAGUUUUGAGGGAUGUUUACGUAACAUGAAGCUUAACGAUAAAAGUUUCGGAGAACCUAAUGUUACACAGAAGGUCAGUCAGUGUGUGACUAAUUUGGAAAGAGGAACUUUUUUCAAUAACCAAGGAGGAUACAUCACUCUGUAUGAAAAAUACUAUGUGGGUCUGGACUUCGCAUUUAACAUAGACAUCAGACCACGGAACAUGAGCGGUGUCAUCUUGGCAGUUCAUAGUGUGAAAAGUAGCAGUGAUUUUAUCCUCCUACAACUGGUGGAUGGAAAGGUCAUUGCCACAGCUGACAAUGGUCAAGGGGAGGUAAUAACAACCUACACCCCUCGAGAGGAGAAUGCGCUGUGUGACGGAGCAUGGCAUACCAUUAGUGUGAACAAAGCCAAGAAUCUUCUGUUGUUGACGGUGGAUGGAAUGAACGCCCCUGCGGGUACUGGAGCUAAAGGAUCCUCAGAAAUUAACUCCAAUGACCCCAUGUACAUCGGUGGAGUUCCAGAUUUCAACCGCCGUGGUAUAUUGGUGAACAGAAACUUUGCAGGAUGUAUUAGUAACUUUGAGAUCAGACGUGGCAAAAGCGACUACAAGUCUCAGUAUCUGUCGUCAGGGGACAUCACUGGGGAUGUGACACUCAACAAAUGUCCACUGAACUGAACUCAAACAGUUCCUAUUUAUGUGCAAUAACUCAAACAACAUCAGUAUUCUUAAAAUAUGCUUUAUAGACAGGGUACCAUUUACUGAGAUUAAAAACAAUUACAAAUGUAUUUCAAAAUAAUUGUGUUCACUGGGGGAAAAAAUCAGUUUUGGAUACAAGUGAAAAUAUUGAUUAUACUUUUAACUAAUUCAUACACAUGACUUUGUUCUAAUUUGAUAUACAUGUACAUUGUACUUGAAAUAUCAAUUUUAUUAUGCUAUGGAAAUCCUCAUAAAAUAAAAGUACCAUAAUGUUUUUUUUUGUAGCAAAUGAUUUUUCAAGAUGUUUUACAGAACAAGAGAUCUGAGAGUACCUUUUUGUUUAUUUAAAUUCAUGUUUAAUACUGUACCAUUUUUGGGUUUUUCUGAUGAUUUUUUUUUUUUAAUUUUAUAUCCUCAUUUUAGAAAUAUGUGUACUUUUUAAUCUUUUUUUUUUUUUUAGAGAAUUUCUGAGAAAGUUUUAUGCACUUUGUUAAAAGAUUAUUGAUGAGACGAUGAACUUUCUUUAUUCUGUGUGGUGAACACACGCCAUCUCUUUUUGAAAUAUUUCUGAACAUACACCAUCUCUUUUUGAAAUAUCUCUGAACACACCCCAUCUCUUUUAGAAAUAUCUCCCCAUUUUUCUACUUCAUUUUUCUCAUGCAUCUUUCGAGAAAUUAUUUGACUAAAAAUAUCACAUUUGGUUUUAAAAUUCAUGAGUUUGGCUUUUGAUAUCAUAUUUUGGCUAUACAUACAUUCUUGUUGCUGAAAUUCUUUAAGAGACUGUCUAUGGAAAAAAACAGGCAAUGGGUGGCACAUCAAAUUCUGGUAUUAGCUUAUUUUCUUCAUUUUGAAUGAUAUACUCUAUACUAUAGACUGUUUAACGUGACAUUUGACUUCUAUACUAUAGACUAAUUGACGUGACAUUUGACUUCUAUACUAUAGACUAAUUGACGUGACAUUUGACAUCUAUACUAUAGACUAUUUGACGUGACAUUUGACAUCUACACUAUAGACUGUUUGACGUGGUAUGCGACACUUUUACUAUAGACUGUUUGACGUGACAUUUGACACCUACACUGUAUACUAUAGACUGUUUGACGUGGUAUGUGUCACCUAUGCUGUAGGCAGUGCCUGUUAACUAAUGGACAGCCUCCUUACAAUAACGUGUUACUACCUCUUUGAUUUAGAAGCUAGUAAUUGAGAUAUUUCCAGAAGCAAUGCUGUGUUCAUUGUUUAGGCCAUACAAUCUGUUUUCAUGUUUUUGUACAUUUAGAUCUCGAUAUUUGCCAGGAGCUUAUGUUGUUAUUGUGUACAGUGUUUAUUUGUACAAAAAUAUUAAAAACAGGAAACAAA